GAAACAUUCAUAUAGCUAUGACGAAUUACAAAUAAAUAAUCAAUAAAAUAUAAUGAAAAUUAAACAUUUCAAUAAACAAUUUAGUUUAAAAUCUAUUAAUACAACAGGAAAUAUUGAUAGAAUUGAAUUUACCUCAAUGUAUUCUGGACCACCAUUUGCUAUGGCUAGUAGACAAAUUGAAAAUGGUUUAUUAGAUUGUAAAGAAUUAUUAGAUUCAAAAAUGUUUUAUAAUAUAACCAAUUCAAUAAAUAAUAAUUGUGGUACUACUCCUACUACUACUAAUAAUAAUAGUAAUACUAGUAACAAUAAUAAAGGUUAUCUAUCAUCUGGAAGUAAAUAUGAAUGUUACCAUCCACUUAUAUCAUCUAAUGAAGAACAAGUUUAUAAUGAUAAUAAUAAUUUAAAAUCUUUAUCAAAACGUAAAUUAUUAACAAAACAAUAUAAAACAAUCGAUGUUUUAAUGAAACCUUCUACAAAUGAUGAAUUAACAUCCAUUAAAACAUCGAAUAAAUCUGUAGCAUUUAUUGAAUGUGGAAAUUAUAAAUUAGAUACUAUAGAUAAUGUAUAUCAUGAACCUGAAUAUAUACAAAUGAAAACUAAAAUGAAAUCAAUCUUUGACAAUUUAUUACAUAAUAGAUUGUAUUCAUGUUGUAAAUCAAAUAUGAAGUCUAAUUUAUGUGCACAUUUAUCUGAUUAUAUACAUGCAAAUAAUAGACGUAAACAAAUGAUCAUAGUGAUUAUUGUAUUAUCGAUUUUAUUAUUGAUUAUUAUUAUUAUUACUAUGAUAAUAUUGUAUAAAUUAUAUGAUGAAUCAUCAAUCUCUUCAUAUACAUUGCCGAUAUCAACAUCAUCAACGACAUCAUCAUUAUCACCAUUACGAUUAUCAUCUGAGUUAUUCAAUCUAGAACCAUUACAGUCUACAUUGUCUACAUCAUUAAAACGAAUACCAAAUUUUAGCAAACAACUUAAUACAUCUAAAGUUUCAUCUAUUAAUCCCAUUGAAAAUAAUAAUAAUAAUAUUAGCAGUCAUGAUAACAGUAGUAAUAAUAGUAGUAUAGAUCAAAAAUGUAAAAUACAAAAAUUUUGUUUAAAUAUUAGUUGUUUACAAAUUGCCUCAAUUUUAGCUGAACGUUUAGGACGUUAUAAUCGACCGAAAAUUAUCAUAAAUCUAUUAAAUAAUCAAUGUUCAAUGGAAGAUAUUGAUGAAAUUAUUAAAAUAUUUUAUAUUGGUGAUGAAUUUCACUUAGCAACUCAUGAAAAUAGUUUAUAUAAAUUUAAACAAAAACGUUUAUCCACAUUAUGGUCAUAUGUUAUGAAUGAAUUACAAGGAUAUAUUAUAGAAGAUAAAAAACGUCCAUUGUUUCUAUGGAUAGAAAAAUUAGCUUAUCUAUUUCAACAUUUAAUUGAUCAGCAUAUAUAUAAGAAGAAUAUAACAAAUAUAACUAGGACAAAUACUACAACUAUGACGGUUAAUAAUACUGAUGAUCAUAGAAGUACCAAUGUAGAUCAUAGUGACCAUAAAACGUUCAGGCAUAAUAAGGAUAAAGAUAUUGAUCAUGAUAAUUUAUUAUUUAAAUCAUCCAAUAAUAAUAAUAAUAAUGAUCAAAAGAAACAAUCAAUAAUUCAUGGAAAUUCCAGCUUAAUUUAUCAUUCCAUUCAAUUGAAUAAAACUAGAUUAAUUCAACCUAUUUUAACUAAUAAUGAAGUAUAUUCAUCAUUUAUAAGUUCAACAAUGAAAAUGAUUCAACCAAAUGAAUUAGAAACAACAAUUAAUAUGUCAUAUAAAACAGAAUUAGAACAAUUAAAUGAUUUAUUACAAUUAGGGAAUAUUGCAUUUCAUGGAUUAGACAACGUUCUUAUCAAUGUACAACUAAAUUUACGUGUACCAUUAUUCUUUUCUGCAUGGAUAGAACGUUCUCAUACUCCUGGUUUAAUGGACUCACUUAUACCAAUGUUGGAUAAUUGUGAACAACCAGAAUUACCAACGUAUGAAGAGUUGGAAAAUUAUAUUACAGAUAAAUCUAAACCUUUUGUAACUUCCUCAUCGUCAAGAUUAUUCAAUACAUCACCUCUGGAUAGCUUAGCAUCAUCAUCAUCGUCGUCGUCGUCAACACCGUUUCUAUGGAAUCGUGUUCAUGAAUUACAUAACUACAUUCAUCAUCUUGGUAAAUUAGCUUGGAAAGCAAGAUAUUCAAAUAUUCCGAACCAAUAUCUUUCUGAUGGAUCAUCUAAAUAUCUAAACUUUUCUGGAGUUCUACCUGUUUUAUAUAAACUUCAAAAGUUAAAUCAUCAUAGCGAAAUCAAUAGAACAAGUGCUCACAAAAUGACUAUACGUGAAUUAAUGCAAAUUACACAGCAUACUAUCAACUUUCCACGUUAUCUGGGUAAAUUAACUUCACGGAAUCAUUUGACUAUAAUGCCUAGAGAUAUGCAAGUAUGGGUUACUAAUAUUGACUAUUAUGAUAAAUUGGGUCGAGUGUUACAACAAACAUCGUUUAGCGAGUUACAAGACUACAUUACAUUUGCAAUACUUCACAAAUAUGGAGGAUACGUUGAUCAGGAAACUGCACAAUUAAAGAAUAAGUUCCUAAAACCAUAUGCAGAAAGCCUUGGAAUCGAUCAAGUUUCUUAUUGGCCAUUUUUGUUAGAUUUAGCUUCACCAGGAUUACAACAAAUUCUUCAAAGUCAAUGGAGUUCCAUUCAACUCAGUCAUGGAAUUAAACAAUUUCAGAAUGAAAUUUUAACUCCUGUACAAUCGAUAAUCAUUAAGUUGUUAAAUAGAUCAAUGCCUGGAACAACAAAAUGUUAUCAGUUAUUAAAUAAGAUAAGUAGUAUGAAAAUUCAACUCAUGUCAUACAAUGGUCAUGAUUCGAUGGGAGAUUUUUAUUCUGAGUUAAAAAUUCAAUCUAAACAAAGUCUUUUAAUACAAUUAGUUCAAUUUAAUAAUUUUUUAUCACAAAAAGCAAUAUCUACUGAUUUGUCUAAAUUAAUUCCAGAUCUUGGUCUUAGUUCUGGAGGUAGUAAACUUUUUCAAUAUAUCCACAAUUCUAAUAUAUUGGAAAUCUCACUUCUAUUAUUACAAUGGCCUUAUUUUAUGCCAGAUUUAUCAAUACCCAGAUAUUUAAAUUUUGGAUAUUUAUGGUAUUCAGUGACAAAAAUUAUAUCAGUUUUACUCACCAAUGAGAGAUGCUUGGAUGUAAGCAUUUUCUAUCAAGGUGAACAUGAUGAAUUUGACCAAUAUGUACGGAAAUUCCUCCUGGAUUCAAAGUUCAUGGAUCAAUGGCUAACAUGGUCUAAAACACCAAAUGUCUUUCAAUCAAUUUUAGCUAUUGAGAUCACAGGUCGAAUAUACAAAGAUUAUUUAUCAAUCAAUCAUAAUCAACCAGAUUCUAAUUUACCAGGAAUAUUUCUUACACAUAAAGAAUUAUUUUACCAGUGGAUAUUUCAAUUAAUCUGUCCUGGAUUCGAUUAUGCUAAUAUUAUAACGCAUAAUAAUGUUCUACUACAUAGUAUAGAAGAAUGUGAUGUAAUUCGUACAGCUUUGAAAUUAUCACCGACAUUUAGAUGGUUUAUGGAAUGUUCAUGAAAAGAACUCAACAACAACAACAACAAAACUUAUUUUUAUAUAUUCAUUAAAAAUCUAAAGCUUCAAUGGAUGGAUGGAUAUCUAACCAGAACAGAAAUUGUGAAUAAUAACUUUCUAGUAAAAAGAAAAAUAUCAUAAUAUUAUCUAGUUUAUCAUGAUUCUGAUUUGAAGAAAGUUUCUAUUAUCAAUUUAAUUGAUCAUAGACUUGUAAGAAAUAUGAUAUUUAAAAAAAAAACCCAGGAGAUGAUAAUGAUUUAAAGUGCAAGCAUCCUUGAAUCAUUCAAUUCAAUAUUAUUGAUUAAUUGGAUUAGAUCAUAAUUGAAUUUUUUUCUUUUUGGAACUGAAAUUCAAUCAGUUUACCAUGAUAUAAUCAAUAAAAUCUUCUCAAUUGGAUUUAAUUGAACAUUGUUAAAAUAAAGUCUUGUUUUUCUUAAGGUUUGUCUUUAUGAAAGAGUAAAUAUAUGUGAAAAAUCCGCUAAUCAUAUCACAUGCAUAUAUCAUAUAUCUUGUAAACAACUGAAAGCAAUCCAAUCUAAGGCUUUGUAAAUUUAUUUUAAAAAUUUCAUAUACAAGUCUAUCAAACAGAAUCAAUUCAAUAGUUCAUUUUCUUCUUGAACAAACAAACAAACAUACAAUAAGCUGCUAACUACUUGGAACUUAAAAAUUAGAAUAUUCUAUAUUUUAAUGUAUAAAUCAGUAGUAUAAAAAAGUUUCACUUGUCCUCAGACAAAUUCCUUGGAUAAUGAUUUCAUUUAUGUCUAUUAAUAUCACAAUAGAAAGAACAUUGUAUACAUAAAAACGAAAACAAAGAAUUCAUUACAUAUUAAUAAAAACAAAAAAAAUUCGUCUAUUGUAUUAAAUAUAUGAUGAGGAAUGUAUGCAUAUUCUUUUACUGUCUGUUCUGUCUCAAGAUAGUUUAUAGUAAGUCCGAAUGAUGUACAAUAGAAAGAUUCUUCUUACAAAAUUAACAUUAAUCCCCUAAACACCAUUAAAGAGAGAACUAAAAUAAAGAGAUCAAUUUAAUAUAAUUAGUCGGGGUUGUAAUAGAACAACUCUAACAUUUUGACAUAUAGUAAAUAUAGCAAACUAAAUACGAAAACAACCAACUGCUUAGCAGUAGAGAUAUUGUCAACAUCAGAACUUCCACUGCAGUAAACUUUAUAUUGAAA